AUGUCAGACGAGCUACCUCCGUCGCCAACAUCGACUGGCAGAUCCACUUCGGCACUCAGGGCCAGUCCAUCGGUCGUUCCCCGGAUUUCCGCAAGAACCGUCGAUGGAUCGAGCAUAGCUUGUCAAAGGUGUCACAGGCGUAAAAAGAAGUGCGACAAAUCCAAACCGAGUUGUGGAGCAUGCAUCAAAUCGCGUAUGACCUGUACGUACGAUGUGGUAAUAUCGGAUAGAUCGCAUCCCAACUAUGUUCGAGAUCUCUUAGCAGAGACAUUGUCUCAGAAAGAACGGAUUGUAGAGCUUGAAAAGCAGGUCGUUGAACUGACAACUUUGGCCAGUGGAGUUCAGAAUGAACCUCAAAUUGCGAACACCUCUCUGCAUCAAUUCGCAGCACUAAUCAAUAACGAGCCUUCCACGGCUUUCACAGAGAUACCUUUUCAAGCUUUUUCGACAGGCUCUAUCGGAUUCGGAGAUGUCAGCUCGGAGCCAACGUUAGCAGAAAGAAUCGUGCUUCAGGUCUUGACCACUGAGCCAGAUAGAAGGGAGGCAAGUCUAUCGUUCAAGGGCACUAUUGGUCAGCAGCUAGGGACCUCCCAAGAUGAUGAAGAAUGUGAUAAUGGUAGUAGUACUGGGAACCAAGAUGCAGGUCAGAAUCAGAAUCAGAAUGAUUUAAGUACUUGGCCACCGUAUCCUCUAGCGCAGAAGCUGGUGGAAGGUUUUUUCAAUUGGAUUUCGGGGAUCUACCCCAUCUUAGAUAGAGUCCUUAUCGAGCAGGAUCUACAUACAAUUUACUUCAUGACAUCCCCUCGAGCUCCCUUGAUAUCUGAAUACUCGAAACCCGACAUAAGGAUCUACAGAUUAUUUAUGAUUUUCGCUAUUGGGUGCGAUGUCUUAGAGAAAGGUGGAAUAGCAUUACUAGAUCAUUCGAAGAAACUUCGAGCAUAUGCAUUCUAUCAUCUUCCAGCGGUCCUCAGAGCCGACUCGCUUUCGUGUAUCGCAGGCCUACUGCUAUAUGCCCAGUACUCCAUCAUGGCCUUCGGAAACACCAGCCCGCAUGCAGUUAUAGGCUUAAUCGCACGUCUUGCUAUCGAUCUCAACUUUCACCGGGAAGAGUACAGCUUGCCGCCAGCUGAACAAGAUACCAGGAGGAGAUUGUUCUGGACUAUUUUCAGCAUGGAUAGGUUGAUAUCCUCGACGUUGACUAAACCUCUGACUGUACCGGAAGACAUCAUUACCGUACAAUUGCCCAAGAAGGUAGGCGGAUCCUCAAGAUAUCAAAUGGCUAUAAACUCUGACGAAUACUUCCGCCACGUGGUCUUAUUGCGACGACUGAACGGACAUGUUCUCAAUGAGGUAUAUCUGAUCGACGAUGCCCAAAAGGCACAAGGUGAACAGACUCUCGCCAAACUGAGGAAUCAAAUCGAUGACUGGUUUCACUCCACCCCUCGUUCGCCUGAGGACGGCUCCUAUAACCCUUUCUUGGAAUUAUGUUACAAUCUCCUGAUAACCGCUCUGUAUCGACCUUCGCCGUUAUUCUCUCAUACUCAUCCAUCACGCAUGUCUCGCUUACGGAAGUCGGCCUCAAGAGCAAUCGAUUUAUAUGGUCAGCUCUACGCACAAAAACGAUGCGCCGAGAAUUACGUUCAUCUAUUCAAUAUUGUGACUGUUUCAGUCACUUUGGUAUAUACACUGAUAGAACGGGAAGGUGACGAUCUGAAUCUGGAAAUAUCUUCUUGGUGCAGGGAGGCGGUUAGACAAAUGGUCACCUGCGAGAAACUGAUAAAUGAUUUCUGUAAAGACUGGCCUGGAACCGCCAAGUAUCGGGAGGCCUUUAAAGGUUUAGCGAACGAGGUCAAAACGAAGAUGAAACAACCUUCUCCCUCACCAGGGACGGAAUCGUCUGACAUAUCACAAAUCCAGGCUCAGUCACAAUGUCUCGAUAUCCCAUUCGAUCCUUUUCGGCCGACUAACGUCUCAACACAGCACAUACCGCAAGAUACAACCAUUUCUACUCAUUUACCCGUUUCUGGGACAAUCUCCAGUUCCACAAAUGGCCCAGCGCUCUCCCCGACUCUGUUUGAAGGCUUGGUAGACACUGCUCUGUGGAAUCAGUGGACGUUACAGGACAAUGGCAUAGUGGGCACAGUAGGCACAGUGGAAUCGGAAAGGACCGAAGAUCCACUAGGGAUCAACAUGUCAGGAGUCGGAAUCGAUGCUUUGUUGGCUAGUGUAGGAUUGUCUGCUUUUACAGAUUUUGAGUGGGAUCCAAACACUCAAUUGCGUUAA